AUGGUUGUCAUUCAAUCUGUACACCCGCUCCCAAUCGAGCAAGGCUCGUUUCACCUACUAUCAACCGAGCAUGGCUCGCUGCGUUCGAGCCGCCGUAAAUUAGGCAGCGGCGGAGCUUCUUUCCGCAGUCAGCCGCUUGUCGCCAGCAGACGAGCAGUCAAAAUCGUGCCACGUGCAUCUGCUUCACCCUCUCCCUCCUCUUCCUCCGCUUCCUCGUCCUCCUCCUCAUCUCCCCCUUCUCUCUCCUCCUUACCAUCUACUUCCCCUCACUCCUCAAGCCCUCCCUCCGUCACCCGCAAGUCUUAUUUCGAUGCGCCUUUACCUAACCUCCCCUGCUGGCCUGCUCCUUCCGCCAAUGCCGCUGCGUUCGCCGCCACCGGCGGCGCGCGCCGCGCCGUUCAAUCCUCCGCGGCGGGAACCGCGGCGGGAUCUGCGGAGUCGGCGCAGCAAGGGACGGUGUCGGUGGGGGUGGACGUGGAGGAAGGGGAGGACGGCGGACACGUGGGACCAAUGAUGAGCCGCCAGCUGUUGCGGACGGCGCGUGGCGGCGAGCUGAGCGACGACGAGGAAGAGGUGGACGGCAUCGCGGCAAUCCCGAAAAUUCGACGAGUGCCGGAGCAGGAGCAGCGGAUGCUAGCGGCGGUGGACAUGGGCACCAACUCGUUCCACAUGGUCGUCGUUAAAGCCGACAACAAGGGGCGCUUCGAGAUCGAGGACGUGGAGAAGGAGGACGUGCGCCUCGGCAGCGGCAGUUCCGGGUUCGCUGUGAUCACCCCCGAGGCGGAGGAGCGCGCGCUGGCGGCCGUGCGACGGCUGAAGCAGAUCGCGAAAACGCGUGGCGCGGCGAUGCGCGUCGUUGCCACGUCAGCAGUGCGCGAGGCGCGCAACCGACGGUCGUUCGUGCGCCGCGUGCUGGACACCACCGGGAUCGACGUGGAGGUGCUAUCCGGCCAGGAAGAAGCCUGCCUUAUCUACCUCGGUAUUCUCCAGGCCCUCCCAGUGUAUCACAAGACGGUGCUCACGGUCGACAUUGGAGGCGGGUCAACGGAAUUUGUGAUUGGUCGGGAGGGCAAGCCGCUCUUUGCCACGUCACUCAAGCUGGGCCACAUUCGCCUCACCGAGAAGUUUGCAUCGGGUGGGCUGUCCAAGAGUCAGCAGAUUCUGGAGAUGCGGCGAUACGUGCGCGUGCUGCUGGCCGACUCGGGCGUGCUGGAGGUGGUGAAAGGGGCCGAGAACGAAAUAGAACUGUCAAUAGGUAGUUCGGGCACCAUUGAAACAAUCGAGCAGAUGAUCCACCAAUCGCGGGCCAGCGGUACCAUUAGCACGGGCAGCGCUGCAACCAUCGCCACUGCCAGCACCAGCAGCGGCAGCAGCAGCAGUGGGAGCGGGAGCAAUGGCUCCUUGGUAGCAGCCGGGGCGCAGAGCGGGAGGAGCAGCGGUGGCGGUGGGAAAGGAGGAGGGGGAGGAGGGGGACUCAGUGGAGUCAUGCAGAAUCAAGAGGCUGUUCUGCGGCGCCUGGCCGACCUGAAGGACCGUGAAUUCACCCUGGAAGAGCUCUCCGCCGUGGUUAAGAAGAUCUGCAAGGCAAAAACCCCGGACGCGCGCGCGAAGCUGCCCGGGCUGCCCGAGAAGCGCGCGGACGUGAUCCUGGGCGGCGCGAUUCUCCUGGAGGAGAUCUUUUUGGCCAUGGGGAUUGAAAAGAUGCGCGUGUCUCCGUAUGCUCUGAGGGAGGGCGUGAUUGUGGACACUCUGUCUCGCACCUUCACGGACUUCAGCAUCACUCCUGACUUGCGGAGGAGCUCGGUGCUGAAGAUGGCCGGGAAGUUUAAUACUGGGCUGCGAAAGGAGUCGGCUAAGCACUGCGCGCGCCUGGCCCAGCAAAUCCUGGCAGGUAUGCAGACGUGCAAGAUGGGCGGCUCAGAUUGCGUGUCGCCGAUGAUGGCUCUUUUGGACGGCAACGAUUUCGAGGUGCUGGAGGCGGCCACAGUGCUGCACUAUGUGGGCAUGUUCAUCUCCCACAAGGGCUACCACAAGCACUCGUACUACUUGAUUAAGCAUUCGGAGCAGCUGCUGGGGUACUCACCCAUGGAAGUCGAGAUGAUUGCCCUGCUAGUACGCCACCACCGCAAGCGCCCACCCUCCACCAAGGACGAGGACUUUGCCAAGCUGCCCCCCGUGGUGCAGCAGAAGAUCCGAGCCCUCUGCGCCAUCAUGCGCAUCGCUGUAGCCCUUGAUCGCUGCUACACGGGCGCUGCUGCGAGCGUGCUCGUGCUGCAGGACGACGACUCUUGUGUGCUGGCGGUGACCCCGGCAGUGGAUCCCCUCACAGGGGCGGCACAGGACGUGUCUCUGGAGAUGUGGGCGGCACGGGGCGAGCUUGAGUACUUCCACAAGAUAUUGAAGAAGGCGCAGUCCAUUGCCAUUGCGGAUGACCUUGACGCGGACCCGCUCCUCGCAGAGCCCGCUAAGAGAGGAGCCUUUCCAGUCGGCUCAAAAGUUCCCCCCGUUCUCCCUCCUGCUACCCACGCUCUGCAGAUAUUUAAGAAGGCACCGUCCAUAGUCAUUGCGGAUGACCUUGACACCGACCUGCUGCUGGCAGAGCAGUCCAGGAGCCUCAGCUCUUAA